AUCUCUCUCUCUCUCGCUAUCUCUCUUCGCGUUAUAUUUCAGUGAUGAAGGGUUUCAUCUCCACCGACUCUCCCUUACAAGCCACUUCACCUGUUCUCCGUGUCUGCAGUGCAGACACAACUCCUCUCUUAAGGCAAAGCCAAAGGCAAACUUUGUUUAUUUUUACUUUAUUAUUUCGUUUUUGUUUGUUGUUAUAGUUUUCCUGAGAUAUAUCCAUAGGAGGACAGUAGCGAUCGGGAGGUAGUGAAGAGUUUGAGACGAACUAUUGUGGACAACACAUGGCGGGCGAAGAUCUGGAGAGCAGAGGUGCUAAGAACAGGGGAAAUGGCUACCCUUCUUCAUACUACUCGUCUUCUUAUUACCAAGAUACUUCAGAGAAGCAAUGGACUUCAUGGUUGAUUCCUGCGUUUGUGGUGGCCAACGUUGUUAUGUUCAUAUUGACCAUGUAUUUCAACAAUUGCCCCAAGAACAUUACUAGUUCUCAAGGACACUGCGUGGCCGGGGGUCUCCGUAGAUUUUCCUUUCAGCCUCUUCGAGAGAAUCCCCUAUUUGGACCCUCUUCCUCAACGUUGGAGAAGUUGGGAGCUCUUGAUUGGAACAAAGUGGUCCACGGGCAUCAAGGAUGGAGACUUAUCUCUUGUAUCUGGUUGCAUGCAGGUGUCAUUCAUCUGCUUGCAAACAUGUUCAGUUUGCUCUUCAUUGGGAUCCGUCUUGAACAGCAAUUUGGGUUUGUACGAAUUGGGGUUAUCUACCUCGUGUCUGGAUUUGGAGGGAGUGUUCUCUCUUGCCUUUUCAUAAGAAGUAACAUCUCUGUUGGUGCCUCUGGUGCGCUGUUUGGACUUCUUGGAGCCAUGCUUUCAGAACUUAUUUCAAACUGGACUAUUUAUUCCAAUAAGGCUGCAGCAUUAUUGACACUUGUGAUCAUCAUUGCCAUUAACUUAGCUGUUGGAAUUCUUCCUCAUGUUGAUAAUUUUGCACACAUCGGGGGAUUCCUGACAGGCUUCCUCCUUGGCUUUGUUCUGCUGCUCCGACCUCAGUUUGGCUGGGUGGACCGUCAUAACCUUCCAGCCAAUGUUCCUUCAAAAUCCAAACACAAGACAUACCAAUAUGUACUGUGGGUGGUCUCACUGGUUUUGCUGGUUGUCGGUUUCACAGUCGGGUUGGUGAUGCUGUUUCAAGGGGUUAAUGCAUAUCAGCGCUGCCACUGGUGUCGCUACCUUAGCUGUGUCCCCACUUCAAGAUGGAAUUGUGGGAGUAACUGAAAGCCUGUUCUUGCCUUACGUCUUGGCAUCUGAUUUUUUUAUUUUCCCACUCUGUUGCUUUUUGCUAUGUUACAUGCACAUAUGGUUUGAAGAAUUUGGGUUGCUUUCUUCCCCACCCAACCUCUAGUCAUUCUGUCCCUGGACGUUGAACAUAGAAGGAGGUUGUAUUGCAUUAGGUGUUGAUUCCUGCUACUCCAGAUAUGUAAACACGUAUAAUAUAGAUGAAUAGAUGGUUUUUGUAUUAUUUGACAUUUUAAUUCAAUUGCAUUCUUUAUUGUUCUUGUUCU